UGAAGCAGCUUCGUGAUUGGUCGAUCCCCCCCCCCCAUACAGAAAACAUGGCGGAGGGGGAGACAUACUGUGUUGUUUAUCAGCAGCUGCGGGAUGUUAUCAUCGAGCAGCAACGCAAGAUAUGUGCCUUCGAGGAGCUGGUAAAACAGCGAGAAGAGAAGACAGCAUACAGAGAGGAGCUUGAAGCUGUGGUGAAAGAGUUGGAGGAUGAAAAACUUGAGCAUGCUAAAACUAAAGCAUUACUUUCCAAGGAAUCUGAAAAACUGCAGUUUGCUCUUGGUGAAAUAGAGAUUUUAAUGAAACAGCUAGAUCGGGAAAAGAAGGCCUUUGAAAAUGCAUUGGAAAGCAUUAAAAAUAAAGCAUUGAAAGAGUCAACAAAAAAUGAUAAGUUAAUAAGCAAGUGCAAUGGUAAGUGAUAGUGCUGUUCUAAUUAUUCUAAAUAUGUGUGUAUAUUUUACGUGGAAUUUGUAACAAGGAACAUAGGAAUAGUAAUUGGCCAUUUCGCCCAAUGAACCUAUCCUUUCUUUCUAGAUCAUAGCCGAUCAUGUCAUCAAUGCCAACGUUCCAUGUUAACCUCCAUAUCCCUUAAUGUCAUUAGCCUCCAGAAACCUUUUGAUUUCCAUCUUGAAUCUGCUCAAUGGUUGCACUUCCACAGCCUUUAGGAUAGAAAAUUCCAAAGUUUCACCAUGCUUUGAGUUAAAAAUUCCUCCUUACAGCAGUUUAAAUUGGCCUAAACCUUAUCCUGAGAUCUGAUACUUGGUUUUCGAGUCAUCAGCCAGGUUGAACAUCCCAUCUGUUGUCAUUGCAUUACUCGCUAAUGAGAAUGUUUGUCGACCUAGAAAGUUCUAUGUCACUGGUCAUGGGUUGUGUGGGCCCUUGUGUUGCUGAUGAGCCUAAUCCUUGAACUGCAUCUCUGAUUGAACAUCUGGCAGGUAUUUUUGGAAGAUAGAAUUGGUCCUUGGCCUUGAGAUUGCUGGCAUUCCUUUCUCUGGCUCCUUUCUUUGCCAUAUCACCUCCUAUCGAUGGGUGUUCUAAAAGAAUUGUGUCCCUUCAUACAUGAGUUUCCUCCAUGUCUGUUUCCUCCAUGAGGGUCUCCCACGAGUUCAUAUUUAUGUUGCAUUUCAUGAAGGACGUCUUCAGGGGAUUUUGAAACACUUCCUUUGUCCUCCUCCAUUUGAGUGUCUUCCUGGAACUGGGCCAAAAUGAUUUAUGUUGGCAGUUAGAACUAGGCAUUUUAAGCAAGUGGCAGGCACAGAAGAGUUGGUUUUAUAUGAUCAUGGCCUCAAUGGUGAUGCUAUUGGCUGCAUCAAGGAUGUUGUAGUUAGUUCAUCUGUCCUCCCACCUGAUGCAGAGAGUCCUUUGAGAGUUUUCUAGUUUUCAGUGCUAUCCCCCUCAGUCUUCAAACCUUUAGAGAAUGUAGACUCAGUUUCCCCAGUCUCUCCACAUAAACAAACCUAUGAUCUGAGGAAUCAAUUUCCUGAACCUCCACUGUACUUCUUCUAUGGCAAGUGUGUCUCAUCUUAGAUAAGGGAAUAGUACAAAUGAUUGCAAGUGACGUCUCACCAAGGCUCUGUACAACUGCAGCAAGAUAGCUUGUGUCCUGAAAUCCCCUUGAUAUGAAUGCCAACAUCCUAUGCUAUUCUAAAUUCUUGCUGCACCUUUUUAAUGAUUUGUACGUGAGAACAUCCUGAUCUGUUUGGAAACUUGCACAGGUGGUCCUUAGAUACAAAUCCUUUAUCUAGAUUGUGAACAGUUGUGGACCUCGCACUGACUGUAGUACCCUAAUAUAAACAGCCUGUCAUCCAGAGAUUAAUCUGGUUAUUCCUGCUCUGGUUUCUGUCUAUUAACUAGCUCUCAGCCCUCAUUAGCAUCUUCCCACAAUCCCAUGUGCUUUAUAAUUUUAUUUACUAAAUUUUUGCAUGGAAAUGAUCAAACUCUUUCUGAAAAUUUGAAUACAACACAUAAACAGGAUAUCCUUUGACUAUGUUACAAGUGACAUGCUCUAAUUCCAAUAAAUUUGUCAAUCGUGAUUUUUCUUUAUCAGUUGUGACAAAGGUAUAUAAUUUAUCAACGUUUUUGGAAUUUGGAUUUCAAAAUAGGAGGAUUUAAUUUUUAAAAAUUAAUUGAUGGGGUGUCACUGAC